CAACAGAGGGCGACUAACAAGAUUAAGAAUAUACCCCCACUCCUUCCCAGCAGGACGCGCUGUUGUCUUCAAUUCUCUUACACCCCUCAGGUGGGAGACAGACACGUCUUCACUGAGGAAGUCUCUUCGCUUACUGCAGUUCCUGGUAGUGCGUUGUGUUGUAUUUAUCUGUUCAGGUGAUAUUUUUAGUCGCGUUACCUCCGACUUUACUGUUAAUGGGUCAAGGGAGGUUAGAGUGAAAGAUGACCAAGCCAAAGGAGAAAAGCCGAGAAAAAAUAAGUGUGGCCAGUGAGAUCGAUCGAGUAGAAGAGCGCAAGUCGCGAUGCAACGGCCUACUUGAGAGAGCCGAGUUCAGACGCAGAAAAGAGGAGCUCUCCGAUGAGGACAGUAAACUUUUGGAGGAUGAGAUGACACUUAUGACAGAAAGAAUACAGAAAUAUGAUCGCGAACUGGAGAUCCUGAGGGGAGAGAACAGGAGGAACAUGAUGCUCUCUGUCGCUCUGCUGGCCAUCAGCGCACUGUUCUACUACACCUUCAUCUACUGAGAGAAACAUCCAAACAUUCUACUGCACCUUCAUCUACUAAGGGAAACAUCCAAACACGAUGCUCUCUACACUUCCAUCUUCUGAGGGAAAACAUCCAAACAUUUUAUGCACCUUCUUCUACUGAGGGAAAACAUCCAACCAUUCUACUACACUUUUAUCUACUGAGGAAAAACAUCUGUUUAACAACUACUUGUAUAAUUGCCGACUUCUCUCAGCCUUACAGAGCAAUUGUCUCCAUCUCCUGAAUGCCAUUUCAUAUGACCACUCAGAGGACUUCAGAAGACCUCCCAUCCAUUUGGACAAACUCCAUUCUCUUUAGUUUUUUUUCCUCAGAAGCGUUCGUCCAUUCACCCACUCUGACAUGUCUGACUCCCACUGACCAUAGACUAGUCUGAACAGACAAUGAGUUCUGAUUCCUCUGCCAAAGACCAGAAGAGAACUUGACAGUAGCACAUACCUUUUUGUGGCCUAUGGUAUGGUAUUCCCAUACCCAGUCAUUUGUGCCAAAAUAUAGAUUCUAUUUUCCCAGAAAUAUGGCUGAAAAUGGUUUGCCAGAAAUAUCAAAAAUCCUCUAAUACUUAAAUUUGGGCUUACACAGUGACUGAACUGUAUAACAUUCAGGUCUCCAGAAUACAGAAAUAUUUUGCACAUUUUACUUUUUGAAAGCAUGCAGCCACUAUAGACAUCAUCUGCCUUCAUCGCCUCCGCAGCUUUUAAUUUCAUUUUGGAUCAGACGAGGAUUAGAUAUGUGAGCGUGUCCAUUUUUGUACUGACUGUGUUGUACUGAAUGUAUUAUGAGUCUUGUAUAAUUUACUGAAAUAUCCAAAUGUUUCCUAUGGGUACAUACAUAAAUGGGAUAGGUCAAAUUUUACGAGACAUAUACCACAACAAAAGGAGACUUUUUGCAUGUUUAUUUUCCAUUGGACUUGGGCAUCAAGUCCUUAACUACAUCCUGUUCUGGAAUGGAAUCGCUCCACUCAGCAUAAACAGACUCUCAUGAGGGAAAUAAAAACAGGGAAAAGUUUAACAAAA